AUGAUUCUAAAUCUAGUACUUGUGUUGUCACCAAUAUUAUUUUAUACAGAAGCCAUUGUAAACCCACAAGGACCCACAGUUGUUAAAGACUUCAGUAAUUGUGUUACUGAUCUUAUGGAACAUAAUUUCAGAAAAGAAGGACUUCUUAUCUUUGUCAACACAAAUAACGUUAGUACAUCAGUAGCAAAUAUUAGAAGUGAAUUACUGAGGAAUAUAAACAGUAAGUUAAUUUAUUCCGUAGAGGUGAAGAACCCAAGAGAUGAACCGGCAAUUUGUGUGCGUAAUGUUGAUGAUAACUAUUUAAGUGUUUUUCACAAGGAGAUAUUUGAACCCACACCACUUGCUGAAUACUAUAUCGUCGUUAUUGAUAACUAUAGUGAUUUCACGAGAGUGGCGAGUUGCAUCAUUCGGUCCCGCUCAUGGAAUCCCUUAGCAAAAUUCUUGAUUCUCCUAUUUCAUUUUGCAAAUUCGACUAAGUCUAUAGAAAUUCAAAUUGAAAAUAUGUUAACUUGCCUGUUCAGACAUAACGUUAUAAACAUUGCUGUGAUCGUACCUGAAGUGAAUAACAUUAGAAACGCAAUCGUUUAUAGCUGGCGUCCUUUUGAACCGCCGAUUCGUUGUGGUUAUUUUAAUGAAACAGCCAUAAAUAGGCUUAAGGUAGAAAAUAUUUGCGAAAAAGGAGUAGUCAAGUCUGAAAACGAUAUUUACCGAGACCGAGUUCCUGAUAGCAUGAUGGGGUGCACCCUAAACAUUUUGGCUUUACAAAGACAGCCUUUCGUAAGUGCUGACCCAUUUGAUCCUAAUAUGGAAAAAAAAUUAAUAAAUGAAUUAGCCACAAAGUAUGGAUUUGAAAUCAAUUACCAAAUUAUAAAUAGUUUCAGAGGUGUAAAAUUUGACGGAAAAUGGGAGGGUGCUUUGAAUAAGCUAGUGGCAAAGAAGGGCCACAUUCUAUUAGGAGGAAUUUUCCCUGAUAAUGAUGUCCAUGAAGAUUUCAUCUGCAGUGAAACUUAUUUAGCAGAUUCGUAUACUUGGGUUGCACCUAAAGCGUUUCCAUCACCUCCCUGGGUGGCAUUAUUAGUCAUAUUCCAAAGAGUCGUGUGGUAUUGUGCAGUUGCCGGAUUCGUGCUAUGCGUCUGUGCUUGGAAAAUCUUUGGUAUUUUAAGUAAAGAUUCGACAUAUCACCGAACUUUUCGACAUUGUUUUAUGAAUGCUUGGAUUUCAAUGUUCGGUUUUUGUGCUUACGCUCGUCCAGUUAAACAGAGCUUACGUAUGUUUUACGUAUUUUUCAACUUGUAUUGCAUUCUUUUUCUGACUGGUUAUCAAACGAAGCUCAUUGAUGUUUUAAAAAACCCGACAUUUGAAGAACAAAUAGACACAAUUGAGAAAUUAAUCGAGAGCGAUUUAAAGUUCGGUGGAUUCGAAGAGGUGCAUGAUUUGUUUUACAACUCCUCUGACCCCUUUGAUAACUUAAUCGGAGAAAAGUGGGUGCCUGUAGAUAACAUUUCUAAAGCGCUAAUUGAUGUCGCGGUGUACAGAAACUUUACUGUACUUUGCAGUAGGAUGGAAUUGGCUCAUUUGGCGGCUAUAAUGCCAGAGUUGAGCGACAGUUUUGGCAACAAUCGAUACUACGCUUUUGAUACCAACACAUUCUCCGUCCCGAUGGAAAUGGUAGCUUUGAAGGGAUUUGCUUUCAUGGAGAAAUUUUCGGCUACUUUGCGAAUACAUACGCAAAUGGGUGUGAACUCGGGUGUGAGGCGACAAUUUGCUCAAUUAACUAGAUUGCGAAGGGCGAACUUGCUGCGAACGUUAGAUCGUGAGGACGAAUUGAAACCUUUAUCUUUGCAACAUUUGCAAGGCGGGUUUUUGGCUUUGAUUAUGGGAUAUUUAAGCGGCGCAAUCAGUUUGUUGGUAGAAAUUUUUAUAAACAGUGAAUUUGUUACAAACAAAAUAUCUAAUAUUCGAUUGGUGUAUCGAAGGAAAUUUAUCUAUUAUUAUAAUGCCCAUACUAGGACAACAAUAAGUUUAAUUUUACUAACAAACUAUUAA